UGACCAUGAUAGUGUUGUCUGGUUAAACUGUGUGUGUCAGUGAGAAUGCAUCCAUGUCACACUCGGGACGCUGAGUAAGCACUGCUCUCUGAUCAGGCCUCUGAAAGCUGACUUUACAUUCGUCCAGCCUCCUCCUCCUCCUUGUUUCUUUUUUUUUUAAAAUUCCUGGGCUGGUUUUGCUACAUAGCCAGUAGAACUAUGAUUACUGGAUCAAUGAGGAAAUCUAUUGGCUCGAUCCGGUGCCACUCUGAAGUGAGACUCUGUAAUCUGUACCAUCAGGGAGCAAAGCAGAAAGUGAACAUGCUCUGAAGAAACCCUGCUGGAGCUCUCGGAAUGAUCUGAAGCUUUGCGAACGCCUUUAAAAUAUCAGCAAGGACCCUUUAGACUUCAUAAAACACGCCAGAAGAGUGCCCAGCUGGGUUGUUUGUUGUCUGCCAGCCUUGCUCUGUGGUUUACCCAUGCCUCCAUCUUCCCUCGAUGACAGAUUUGUGGUCCCGCUCCAAUUUUAUCUGGACACAACCUACCUGGAAGCCACCGUGGGCGCCAUUGUGGUGGAGAUCCAGGUGACCAACCUCACUUAUAUGCCCUCAUCCAGCAGUUCCACUCGUUCCCUGACGUGUGGAUGCAACAGUGCCAGCUGUUGCAUGGUGAGCACUUACGAGAAAGACAGCCAGACACAGACCCUGACCCAAACACUGAGCCAGGUCAGUACAAGUAGCCCCGACUUGAAUUCCGGCGUCAACUAUGCUGCGCACGGAGGUUUCUCCAGGCCAAUGGUGGGCCAGAGUGAAACCGUCAGUGCACCCAGUCUCAUAUCCAGCACACCCAGAGGUGGUGUGCGCAUCAUCCACCCAAGUGAGCUGGCUCAGAAGAUGACAUAUUGCCCCACAGGUCAUCCAGUGGGGCCUCUGCCAAUAAUAAUAGACUGUAGGCCUUUUUUGGACUACAGCAAGAGCCAUAUCCGAGGCGCUGUGCAUAUUAACUGCUCAGACAAGAUCAGCCGCCGGCGCCUGCAGCAGGGCAAGAUCACUGUGCUGGAUCUCAUUUCCUCCCACCAGAGCAAAGACUCCUUUAGAGGCAUUUUUUCAAAAGAGAUAAUCAUUUAUGAUGAGAGGACACUGGACCCAACUCGACUGUCAUCAUCUCAACCUUUGCAUGUAGUUCUGGAGUCUCUACGUAGGGAUGGGAGGGACCCAAUUGUUCUCAGAGGUGGCUUCUCCAGUUUCAGACAUGGCUAUGAGGACUUAUGUGAGAGCUCCCUACAACUUCAAGAGGGUCAUGAUGCUGGUGCAGCUGUUGCCCUGUCUGGGGCACUACCUCACUUGCUGCCCUCCAGCCCUGAUAUUGAGAAUGCUGAGCUGACAACUAUUCUGCCGUUCUUGUACCUGGGAAAUGAGCGUGAUGCACAGGACCUUGACCAAAUGCAAAGGCUGAACAUUGGAUACAUUCUCAAUGUCACCACGCACCUCCCACUAUACCUCUAUGACCUAGGGAUAUGCAAGUAUAAACGCUUACCUGCCACCGACAGCAACAAGCAGAACCUACGUCAGUACUUUGAAGAAGCAUUUGAAUUUAUAGAAGAAGCUCACCAGGCAGGCAAGGGACUGCUCAUUCACUGCCAGGCGGGCGUGUCAAGGUCUGCCACUAUUGUCAUUGCAUACCUGAUGAAACACACUUGGAUGACCAUGACAGAUGCCUACAAGUUUGUGAAGAUGCGAAGGCCUAUCAUCUCGCCCAACCUCAACUUCAUGGGCCAGCUCCUUGAGUUUGAAGAAGAUCUCAAUAAUGGCAUCACUCCUCGCAUACUCACGCCCAAGCUUAUUGGAGUAGAGACCGUUGUAUAGAAAGGUUGAUAAGAGUGCAUUCUCCUCCAAAGUAUUUUUCCUUUAGUUUUUUUUUUUUUUUCAACCGGAAGACUGUCUGUGAAUGGGAUGCAUGCCUCAAAGACGCAAGUUUCUACUUGUUUUCGCUUCAGCAUGGAUUUUGGAAUAUGCACGUUGUCUCUAAAGAUGCCUGUGAGAAAAGAUUUGUUUGGUGUGUUAGUUGUUCUUGUACUAUUUUUAUACCAGAGUUGACCAUGAUGAGCCUUAUGAUGAGGCUUCACUGUGCAAUACUUUGAGUGAAAUGCAAUGGAGGUUUAAUCUGUAUCUAUAUAGUAGGUGAUGGUGAACACCUUUGCAGGUCUCUACUGUAUGUUCAAGAUUCAAUAUAUUUUUUAAAAAGAUUAAUAUUGUGUUCAGUUGAAUGUGAAGCCAAUGUCAUUGGCAUGAAUGUUUAUUAGAUAUAUUUUUAUUUUUUAAAAGAUGGAAGGAAAUGUUUUUUUUUUUUGGUCUGUAUAUCAUACCAAAUAAUUUUGCUUAAUUCCUCUUUGAUAAAAUCUCAACGGCUCUGUGUAUGUUUGUCUCUGGCACUUCUACUGUGGUUAUUCCUGGUGCCAGAAAUAUGUCCAAAUAAGAAAUCUAUGCUGCAUGAACACCCAAGACAUAAAUAUUAAUAUUCAACUGUAAUCCUCUUUUAUUGUUAUAUGAUAUUUACCAUAUACUGUGGUCUUAAAUUACACUGUUACCUUACUCAAUGCUCCAAAUAUCAUCUUGACAUCUGCUUUUUUUUCUUUUCAGCUUGUUUGUGUGUGAAUGUAGGAGAACAACCAAAAGAUUAUGGUGUGCUAUUACAUAAUUCUCUUAUUUCUAGUAACAUUCUAGCCAGCUGAAAUGCUCUGACCUCUAACUGGGUACUUAGUCAAAAAUAUAUCAAGGAGACAGUUUUUUAAGUGGUAGUAAAUGUGGAUAACUGAUUAAUGCAACAAUGUCCAUCAUUUGUACUUAAUUCCAUUGCAAAGCUUCCAAAGUUUCUUUGGAAACAUUAAGCACUGGUGUUAACUGGAGUCAUACGACGUCUCGGCUCUAUUUUCUUUCCCGUUCUUUAAUGUAAAGUAAGCAAACUGAAAAUACUCUGUUUUGAGUGACACAGCAGCACGGCUUUCUCUACAGUAUUAUCAUAUUUAGCUAUUCAAACUAAGGAUAAAAUGUUUUCUUUGGGAUUAAAGCCAUGGUUUGCAGUCAUUCAUAAUUUGUUUAGUUCAUCAAAUUUAUAAGUAAGGGGUGAUCUGUUUAUUUCUCUAUCAAAAUGACACAGAGGGAUAUUAUAAAUAAUUUCAUAAUGAAACUUUAAGCCAACUGGGUGUAAUUUUGAAAGCUUUGUCUGGCAUUAUAGUUAUCACUUUACUACGUACUUAGCACAACGUUAAUAUCAUUAACAUUUAGCCACACUUUGAACUUUGUUUUUAUGUUUUUUAUUUAAAACAAAGUUGCAUAUGCAAGCAGUUACCGUCAGAGGAUUUUACUUCGACUUCGAAACUUAUAUAAAUGCAACUUUAAGAUAAAUACAGAAAAAUAAGCAGAUGCUCCAAAAAGGAGUAACAAACAGUUAGCCUUCAAGAAAAAGGAGAAAAAACGUCUCCCCAAAUUGAGACGCUAUACUGUUUUAAGAUUAUGUAAGAUGGUUGAGUGUAAAAUGAAUUUUAAAUGUGAAUUUAUUUAAAAUUCAUAAAAAUAAUUUUUAUGCAUAUUUUCAAAAGCAGAAAGUCUUUUGUCACUGCUUUCAAAAACAAAACAAACAAAAUAAACAGAUUAGGCCUUAAUUCGCAUUAAAUACCAGUGUUUAAAACAUUGUUCUUUAAGAAAUGAGCCUGAAUGUCCUCACUGCUCACUUAAUAAAACUGCGGUGUAAAAUUGUUGCUUGUGUGUAUACACUAUAUACCUUACUUUAUUUGUAUAUUCAAUUCAUUUGACCUCCUUCCUGAAAUGAUUUCUAUAUUGUCACUUCUGUGAAACAUUUAUGUAUGGUCAGAUGGUGCAAAUGAUUGUGCAACUGAAACAAAAAGGUAAACCAAUAUUUCCGGGGUAUAUAUAUGGAGUGUUUAUGUGGGUUUGCUGUUUUAUAUACAGUAUUAUACAGUAUACAGUUGAUAUUUUAAGAGUGACUCAAAAAGAAACAGCAAGAUAUGUAUUAUGUGUGCCUGUAGUCUGAUAUACCAUAGAUAAUCGUGUCUCUUUCUGUCUAUGCGUUAUGUUAGGUGUGAUCAUUAGUGUGUUUUCGCACUGGCUCAGAAAAAGGUGCUAUAUUAAUGGAGGCCUUCUAAACCUUAUUUGUGACAUGUUCUGGUACAUUAUUUUCUUUCCCCAAGGUUAAAGCGGUUUAUAUUUAUGAUUAUUGCUUUUAAUCUUAAUUACAAAGGUUAAAUCCUGACAUAUGAUUUGGAAAUAAAACAAAAGAAGUGCAAAAAAAAAUAAAAAUCCAUAUAAUGAACUGUACUGUGAUUUUUUUUUUUUUUUGUAAAGGUAAUAUCUGAGAAUAUCUUUAAACCUGUAAUCUGUCUGGCUGUUCUGUUUUUGUAUGGAUUGUUAUUGCUUGCAAAUUUUUUAUUACAACUAAAAUCCAAGCUAAAGAAAAUAA